UCUUCUCUCUCGCAUCAGCAUCAGGGGGUUUAAUCGCUCUUCUUCUUCUCCAUCACCGAGGCGUAGGAGGCGUCUGUCAAACCUGUGGAGCGUCUGUCUGUCUCUCUCUCUCUCUCUCUCUCUCUCUGUCCGUGUGUCUUGUUCGGAAGACACUACACACACCGUCGUUGGUAGUAGUUGUAGUUCGGAAACAAUAAACCGGUUUUGCUGCUCUUUGGGGGGAAUCUCCGCUGCCAUCCCGGAAGACUCACCACAUUCUCGCCUUGAAGGAAGUUGAAGCGAACAGCUGUGUGUGCGCGUAAUUUGGGGGCCAAUCAAGCAGCCAUGGACACGUUCAUGAAGGGUUUCUCUAAAGCCAAGGAUGGGGUCGUGGCAGCGGCGGAGAAAACCAAGCAGGGAGUGACUGGAGCAGCUGAGAUGACGAAAGAUGGGGUUAUGUUUGUCGGCACCAAAACAAAGGAUGGAGUCACUACAGUUGCAGGUAAAACUGUGUCUGGAGUGUCUCAGGUGGGUGGAGCUGUGGUUACCGGAGUUACCGCUGUGGCCCAGAAAACUGUGGAGGGUGCAGGCAACAUUGUCGCUGCCACUGGAUUGGUCAAGAAGGAUCCAGCCAAACAAGCUGAUGAAGCCUCAGCAGCACAGAACGUGGCAGAGUCACCGGUUGAUACUGACCCUGCUGAUGCUACAGAGGAGGACACCGAUGAAUAAACUGAUUGAGAGCCUCACAAUCAAAGAUCAAUGACCGAAAAACAUUCCAUGUCGCUCUGCCAAGUCCGUUGUGCCUCGUUUUGGUCCCUUUAUGGAGUCUGUGCCCGAUGUCUCUGUGUAUGUGUGUGUGUGUGUGUGUGUGUUUCUGUUUGUUACGUAUGUCUAUACACCGGUAUACGUGCAGAUGUUGUAGUGAGAAAGAGAGAUUGUGUGAGUGUGCGUAUGUAGUCUGUGUCAGUCCUGAAAGGGACCUCAGGUGUGUGUCGUCUGUGACCAGCAGUCAUUUACAGUGAUUCCCCACCACUGAGAAUGCCACCUGGUCACUGUGUGUGUGUGUGUGUGUGUGUGUGUGUCUAUCUGUAUGUUAUCUGUCUAACUGUAUGGCUAUGUCAAUAACUCAAACAUGGAAAUAUACCACAAUUUACCACUUCAAGCACCUAAGUGUCUCUAUAUAAAUGGACAAUUUACAGUGAUCUGUUUGAAAUGGAAACAUAAUGAUAUUCUCUAUUUUUGUCUGUAUACUGUCACUGUUUUUUGCGGUGGACUAUUAAGUGCUGAGUUAUUUGUGCAUUCAUAUUGUAAUUUUUUAAGUUAUCUCUACUAUGACAAAUAUAUAUCAUAUUGAAUGGACUUUUGAAAAGCAAGAGCAUGUCAAACUACUCAGCUUUACCGCUGUGAUAUGAAUUUAUUUGGAGUUUAGUGUUGAAUAAAAUUAUGCAUAAAGUGUG